GAGGAGGCGAGGCGGGCGGUGACCCGUACCCGAUCUCGGAGCAAUCUCGCUGCCCUCCGAUGCGGUCCGAGAUGCGGUCCGAGGCGAGGGGCGGCGGCCGGCACGCGAGGGCGUGCGACCAGUGCGACGAGGCCAACUCGCCGCACAAGGCGCUGCGCUUCAGCGGGGCCGAGACGGCGGGCGACCCUACGAGCGACGAGAGCCGCCGUCGCUCCUGCGCUUCUGACGACGUGGCGCGACGAGCCGUGCCCCCUUCGGCUCCGCACAGCCCUCCCGUUUCUGGACGCGCGGCCCUUCGCUUCUUAGGCGCACGCUCGCGUCAUCUUCGACACGGUCCGCCCGCGCGUCAAGGCAAUCUUCCCGCGAACCUACGUCCACGUCUCCGCCGCCGGCAAGGAGGAGAGACCACUUUUCGGCGACCUCAUCUCGGCCAUCGAGUCCGAGAUCGACGCGCGGGGCGGUGGUGGCGGCCGGCUGAGGCCAACCUUUGGCAGGUACCAGCCCGGUGCGAAGUACGCUGAGCCGCUCGACGCCGCCGCCACGCCGGGCGGUCGGCCACGCAUGCACCGCCCCCCUUCGUCGAUCGCGAGCAGCGUGACUUCGCCCUACAGCCGCCGCCGCUCCGCCUCGACGGGGCACGCUGUCGCCUUUGGCCUUGGCGAAGCGCGCGCCUCGCGCGGCUCGCGACACUCCGGCGACUCGUCGCCCAACCGGCGCUCCUUCCGCUCCUCGCUCUCGCGGCACGGCAGCGAGAUCAGCGGCUCGGUCAGCUCUGGCGCUGUGCGGUUCCGCGAGUCGGCGCGGCAGGCGCUCGCGCUGAGUCGAGCGGGGGUGCUCUCGGGCGGCGGAGCGAGGCGGCAGGUGCCGCCGCGCCACUCGACGGCAAGCUCGACGCCGUCCAGCGGGGGCGGCGCGAGGCGGGGCGCACCUUCGCAGGCGUGGAGCUCCUCGCCCGCCGCGUCUCCCGCGAGGCCGAGGCGGCUCGGCUCGUUCACGGAGGACGAGGACGAGGGCGGCGGCGAGGAGGAGGGCGCUGUCGCCGCGCCGUCGCAGCUCGUGUGAGCUCCUCUUGAGUGCAUGCUGGCGCCGCAAGAGCAGCGCGGGAUUGGUCGUUUCGCCUCGGAGACAGACCUUGGCGCCGGGCUGUAGUAGUCCGCCCACCCCCUUUCACCCCUCUCAUCCGCAGUCGUACCACCGAGUGCACCCGGCUUGGGAAGCCACCUUGUACGUUAGUUGCACCCAGCGGGGGAAGCACCUCUGACGCGUACUGUCAUGCAGAUUACUCCUUGUUUUGUUCGUCAUAGAUUUAGAUAGCGGAGAGCGGUAUCGUUGGGAGUUGAGUGGGCGGCCUCGUCUGUAAGUAAGACUAAAGCGGGUAAGGGGCCUUAGCCUUACCCCGCUUCAUUC